AUAUAUAUACUCUGUGCUUUGAGUGAGCGUCCUGUUCUCACGGGCACGCGCUUUCUGUCCAUUCACGGGCUUCAAUAUGAUUCCAGUGAGGCGCACCCACUCUCCUUCUGCGCAAUAAAUUCACCGUUUUCCUCAAUAUCAUCUUAUGUUGUGAUGCUUUUUCUAGAAAAUAGGAUGUUUGUAACGUUCGUGCACUUUGAGGAUUCGUACAAAUGAAGAAGACGCGACGUCGUAAAAAAUGGUACACGGAGAGAAUCCAUGCAAUCCAGAGGGUCUGCCAUGAACCAGCAGCACAAUGGGAGUUUUAGCUCGCUCUUGGGUGACCUAAAGGCAAGAUGGGCAACACUCUGAGGCUGUAAGCACUUUGCGUCUCCAUGUGUACCAUGAACAGCACUGCCUGGCCUUUGGACCUGGCUGAGUUUGCAAAACCUCGGGGCUUCAACAGCUCCCAGAGCCAGUCUGCUUCGGCAGGGGGCUGGGCCUUGAUCCACACAGCCACCCUGGCCUCAUGCUCCCUUCUUUUGGUCCUUAUUUUUUGCCUUGGCUCUUAUGGAAAUUUAGUGGUCUUCUUGUCCUUCUUUGACCCGGCGUUCCGCAAGUUCCGCACCAACUUUGACUUCAUGAUCCUUAACCUUUCCUUCUGUGACCUGUUCAUCUGCUGUGUCACUGCUCCCAUGUUUGCACUGGUGCUCUUUCUGGACGCUGGAGACAAUAAUGGUGGAGUGUCCAAGGGCUUCUGCUUUGCCUUCCACCUCACGAGCUCGGGCUUCAUUAUUAUGUCCCUUGAGACAGUGGCUGUGAUCGCCCUACAUCGCCUCCGAAUGGUUUUGGGUCAGCAACCCAACCGUACAGCUUCAUUCCCCUGUACUCUGGCGCUCACGGCACUGUUAUGGACAUCCAGUUUUACACUGGCGGCUUUGGUCACUUUGCGAGCGUAUCCCAGAAGCUCCGGACCUUGCUUGCCCCACUUUGGUCUUACCGGCAACAAGGCCAAAGUAGUACUGUAUGUAUACAUUGCAGACUUUGCUUUCUGUGUAGGUGUGGUGUCCAUCUCUUAUCUUAUGAUCGCUCAGGCAUUGAGGAAGAACGCGCAGGUACGCAAGUGUCCCAUUAUUACAGUGGAUGCAACACGUCCACCUGCCUCUCAUCCACCACUAAUUGCUGCUGGGUUUGAGGGUAUGCAGUGUACAGUGCAAGUGCCCUCACUAUAUCGCAACCAAACCUACAACAAGCUCCAGCACGUCCAGACACACCCCUUCACCAGAAGAAUCAACCAGCCCCUUGUCCCCGGGGCCGCCACUGGUGCUACCUGUUGCCAGUUGGUCACCUCUGUUAACUUGGCCACGGCCAAGGAUUCAAAGGCUGUAGUGACUUGUGUAGUGAUUGUUAUCUCCGUGUUGUUGUGUUGUCUACCAUUAGGUAUAUCUUUAGCACAGGAUAUGGUGUCACCAGAGAGUAGCUUCAUCCACUACCAGUUUGAGCUCUGUGGGUUUGCCCUGAUCUUCUUGAAGUCUGGAAUCAACCCGUUUGUUUAUUCGCGCAACAGCGCAGGUCUCCGUCGCCGUGUGCUCUGCUGCCUCCAGUGGUUGACCUUGGGCUUCUUGUGCUGCAAGCACAAAACACGGCUGCACGCGAUGGGCAAGGGAAGUCUGGAAGUCAACCGCAACAAGUCCUCCCACCACGAGACUAACUCUGCUUACAUGCUCUCACCGAAGCCCCAGAGGAGGCUGGUGGACCAGGCUUGUGGUCCCAGUCACUCUCGGGACAGCAUGCCUAGUCCAUGUGCCACUGCUGGACGCAAACCCCGGCCCCCGAGCACAUCUACACCCAUCAACACUCGCAUAGAGCCCUACUACAGCAUCUAUAACAGCAGUCCGUCAGCAGGGCCGAGCUCCCCCAACAGCCUUCAGCCGGUCAACUCUCAAACCACACCAUUUGCCAAAAGCUACGUGGCUAUGCACUACCACAUCCACCAGGAGACGCUGCAGGACUUUGACAGUACCUCUGCCCAUCAGAUCCCCAUUCCAUCAGUCUGAGCUGCAAAAUCUCAUAGUGCAUUCCAAAAAGGAUAAAUCACCCUACUAAGGACACUUUGAAGUGAAAACAAUCAUGGCCACCACAUUAAAGUGUCGUUCCAAACUGAAGUGCUCAAAUCUGGCCACUUCGAAGGACUCUUCACAAUGAAAGAUUUUGAAGGAUACAACUGAUAGACUCUUCAGACCAUGAUCCUUUAACCUGGGAAGUUGUUUGGUGUCAGACAAUGUUCAGUUCAGAGUGGCCCAUUCCUAUGCCCUAAUCUCUUCAGAGGGACACUCAGAGAGGAUUAGGGCAUAGGGAGGAGACCUUCUGAAUGGAACCAAGUGUCAUAUUAGAUGCUCGGCAAAGGAAAGCAUUAGCAGUGUUCGCUUGUGGUUUGCUAAUGGUGUUUUGCUGAAAGACGAUGUGCAACAAGAAUCAAAUAAAAACAACAUGGGACAAACCUAAAAUUCACUUUGCGCAGAUUGGGACUAUGGAUGAUUUAUGGACUGAAGGACGUUCUAUUUUUACUUCAACAUGGCAUUUUCAUGUAGUAGUCUUCACUUCAGAUUAUGUAUUUGUGAAACAUCUUACAUUUUAUAUAUGAACUUAUUAAAUGUUUUGCAAGUGUAUUUGGACACCAUCUCUUUCAUUUGAAAAC